UUGAUUUUUAAGAUAUUCAAACUGCUGCACCCUUUCGAUCUACUUCGUCUCUCUCGUACAAACUUGCAGUUUCGCUCGGUUUUGAUGAGCCGAUCGUCCGAAAUUGCAUGGCGCGCCGCUCGUUCAGACAUACCCAAACUACCCGGACCACCUCCUGAAUUAUCAGAGCCUGCAUGGGCGAAUCUUGCUUUCGAUUCAACUUGUCACUUUUGCUCCAGAACCGGGAUCCGCAAGAUUGACUUUCUUUUUCGUGUUCGGACCUGUGGUGCCUGCACCAAAAAUCAGUAA